AAAACCUGUCGAAAUGUUCAAGACGGCGCUCAGGAUCAAAUGGGCGGCUUGGGGCCUGGAAUACUGGGCCAUUUUGGGCUCCGUGGCGUCCUUUGUCGCCAUGGUAGUCUUGCUGCACAUCUUCGACGGCAAGGUGGUUUUCACCUGGAACAGCGUGACGCUCAACACCAUCGUUUCGAUCCUCUCGUUGACCAUCAAGGCAACCCUCGCGUACGUGCUGGCCGAGUGCAUGGCCCAAUGGAAAUGGAUAUUGUUUGCGCGAGAGGCGCGGUCGCUCAUGGACUUUGAGCGCAUCGACGCCGCGACUCGUGGCCCGCUCGGCAGCUUGAGGGUCCUCAUCCGGACGAGGGGCGCUCCAUAUCUUCAGUUUGGCGCAAUUUUGACAUUGCUUGCCAUCGGCCUCGACCCGCUUGCGCAGCAACUGGUACAGCUUCAACAGAGCGUCGUGUUCGAGCGGCACGGCUACGACGACCCUAACAACGUCGCCCUCAUUUCUCAAGCGCCAUCGUACUCCAUGGGCAAGAUGACAGUGACCGAGGAGCAACUUUUGAACUCGUCGUACUCAAACUGGUCCAUCGAGACCGAGAUACCGCUGUCCAUGCAAUCCGCAAUAUUUACAGGGCUGUCUCGAUCUCUCUGGGAAGUCGAACGAGAACCCUUGGUGCAAUGCCCUACAGGGAACUGCACCUGGGGUCAGUUCAAUACUCUUGGAGUGUGUCACAAAUGCAACAACAUCACCUCCGACCUAAAGCGUAUGGAUGGUUUUGGAGAUGUGCUUGUCGCCCUCACCGGCUCCCACUUUACAGCUACUAUUCCAAGCACUGCCUUCUAUUUGCCCAAUGGGCACUUUAUCGCCAACAUUGAUGGGUGCCCCCCAUACGAUGGCGCAAAUGCAGAAUGCGAUGGCAAACAGCCACUUGUUAUAUACUAUGAUGAGGGGUACGCUGUCACAUCGUUUGGCACUGGAAACCCAAACAAGACAAACUCCAUGAAGGAUAUUGAUACAUUGAUCUGGUCGAUGAGUGUCAUCUAUCCGGAGGUGGAAUUGCUCAAUGUUUCCACUUCACAAGCCGCCAGCGAUGAGAGAGAAUCCAUCAAAUGGCCUAACGUUCCGAUGCGGGCCAUGGAAUGCGCCAUCCACUACUGCGUCAAGACGGUUGACUCCUCCGUCAACGGAAACCAGCUUAUUGAAGAGAUAUCGGAGGCUACUGACUUUAUUCGAGACCCCGACUCAUGGGAGCGUAGCCCCGAACCUGACAACAACCUACCGGAAAAUAUACCACCAGACGACGAGGUAGACAGCUUGGAAUUUGACAGUAGGUAUUCGGUAGCCAGCUACUCAAGCCUCGUUUUGAAGUCGCCGGAUAAUAAUACCGCUCCAUGGUAUCGAGUGGAUCAAGUUUCAGUCAAAUCGCUCAGCGCACAUUUCCAAAGCCUCUUCAAGACAAACUUCCAACGACCUACAGGAUUAAACAACACCGACGCAUCUGAAAUAAAGAAAGAAUUGGAGAAGAAGCUCGGCAAAGGAGCUGUUGGCUUCAACGGCGUGUCUCUCGGGCCCGACUCCUUGGAUUUAUCCAUGAAAGCCACUCCGCCGGCACUCAACGGUGUCUGGGCAUGGAAAAGGACAAACAUGACGAGGGCCUUCAAUACGCUCGCCAUCAGCAUGACUAACAAGAUGCGAAGAAACUACGAACCCGGGGCGGAAUCUAACUCGGGACAGGACACAGAUCGCUUCCAGGACGGAACGAUGACUCAAUUUGGCAACGUGGGCUCGUUGACGGUGGUCUAUGAUAUACAAUGGGCAUGGAUUUCGCUGCAUGGAGUGAUGCUGCUCUCGGUCAUCGUCUUCCUCUGCAUGACGCUGAUCAGCUCUGCGUCGGCAGCGGAUGUGCCGCUGUGGAAAAGCAGCUCAUUGGCAACCAUGCGUCGAGGGUACGAGGCCGGUGAUGUGCUGGAUGGCGCGGAGACUGUCGAGGACAUGGAAAACACGGCGAGGAAGGCCUACGUCAAGGUCCCACGAAGAGACGUUGAUGAGGGUGCACCAUUUAGGAGAUCAAGUAAUGAUGCAGCUAGCUGAACUCAUUAAACAUAGUUAAAUUUCCUUCUUCCAGAAUUAACACCUG